AAUAACCGUGUCGGUUCGGGUUGGAUACCUGUGGUUCAGAUUUACCGGCAGAACCCGACCGCCGCCUACAGUCACUUAAUCCUGCGAACUUUAUCCGAAAAAUCCAUUUAUCCGCCCAAAUCCGACCCGGUUCGGUUUUUUCCGGUUUGAGCUGUGCUUUCCGUUUUUAUCCACCCUACUUAAAACGAGUCAAAUAACUCGCUUUCACAUACCUCCCUCCCUUCCAUUGAGAAACUCCACCGCCGUUCCAGCGCUUCGGCGAAUGAAAUCUCUAACCACAAACCCCUCUCAAUUUUCUCCUUGAGUCUUCGACGAAGUUAAAUGUGUAUUCCUCUGGACAUUCGAUUAAUACACAUUUAACUUGGCCGAUCUUGCCUCAUCCUCAUCGAACGGAGUUCUUCCUUUGUUUCGACAGGUUAUUUCAUUGAUUGAGUUUGAUUCCGUUGUUAUAGUUGAAAUCGGCGAUUGCUGAAUGCAACAAAGCAUGCAACGAAGCCGGGGGGGAAAGGGAGAUGCCUUUUGUUUAGGAAGUGGAUGCAAAAGUGAAAGAGCUGCGUCAAACUAUCAACAACAAACAGACUUCUUUGAGGACUACUUAAAGAAGUUGAAGGAGAAAACUGUGGAAAUGGAUGAUAAGAUUUCUGGUGCUGAAUUUAGACUGGUACAAAAUGUUCAAGAGAAUGGAAAUCUACGUUCAAAAGUUGCUCAAUCACCUGAUAAAGUACUGAGGGCUUUAGAGGAAAAGAAGUUAGCUCGAGAGGAGGCAAGAAAUGCUGAAAGAUUAGCCAUGCACACUUUACAUGAGAAGACUUCCCUUGUUGAAGUUUUCUCCAAGGGCCGAUUUCUCUACUUUUUCAUCUGAAUGAGGUUGAUUUUAUGCAGAAAUAAAGGAAGUAGAAUUCAGGUGAGUGCACUAACUUCUAAUGGAGUUAUUUUCUAUGCCCCAUAACUUCCAUGAGUUUCACAAUUUAUAUUGCAUACUUGAUCUUCGACAAUAAAAUGCUCAGAUAAUUAGAAGUUCAACGGGGUUUUCUAGUUCUGUACACACAUUGAUCAAUGAGUUAUUUAUUUAAUUAUUUAUGGAAUACACAUUAAUAUUUUUUUUAUAACCAUGUAAGCAACAACAAUGAGUGAAAUUAG